AUGAUGGAGGCUCGGGGGGGGGAUACGAUGAACGCAGCCCCGACGAGGAGGCGGAGACAGAUCUGCAUAUGCAUGGUCAGCGACUUCUUCUUCCCCUCUCUCGGUGGAAUCGAAACGCACAUAUACCACCUCUCCCAGUGUCUUAUUCAACGAGGCUACAAAGUUGUGGCGAUCACCCACUACACCGACAAGCGCCACGGCGUCCGCUACCUCUCAAACGGUCUGAAAGUGUACUAUCUUCCUUUCCUCCCCGUUUUGGACAACGCCACUUUGCCGACCUUCUUUUCGUUUUUCCCUCUUAUCCGAAACAUCCUCUUGCGGGAGAGAGCCGACAUCGUCCACGGCCACCAAGCCACCAGUCCGCUGGCGCACGAGACCUCCCUCGUCGCUCGCGCUCUCGGCAUGCAUGUAGGAAUCCUCCCGUUCGCUCGGAUGCUGAACUCUUAUCUCGUUUUUCUGCGCUUCGACUCGCCGCCGGGAAUGGGACAGCUCUUUCUGGUUGUCUACACGGACCACAGCCUGUUUGGCUUCGCCGACAUGGCAUGCAUCCAUUUGAACAAAGUCCUCCGCUUUGCUCUCCACGACCUCGACGCAUGCAUCUGCGUCUCGCACACGCACCGGGAAAACUUCGUUCUUCGCGCAGGCGUCCCUCCCUCUCGCGUUUACGUCAUCAACAAUGCAGUCGACGCCAGCACGUUGGUCCCCGACCCUUCCAAGCGUCCGAAGCCUCCGGAGAUCCGCGUCGUUGUUCUCUCGCGGCUGACGUACCGGAAAGGAAUCGAUCUCCUGGUCACCGUCAUCCCGCCCAUCUGCAAGAAACUCCCGAACGUCAACUUUGUCAUCGGGGGCUACGGGCCCAAGCGCAUCAUUCUGGAGGAAAUGCGCGAAAAGCACAGACUGCAGGACCGCGUCGAGUUAAUCGGCGCCGUCUCCCACGACAAAGUUUGUUCGCUGCUUCAGUCUGGGCACAUAUUCCUCAACACGUCACUCACGGAGUCUUUCUGCAUCGCGAUUGUUGAAGCAGCCGCGUGUGGAAUGCUCGUUGUUUCGACGAAUGUCGGAGGCAUCCCUGAGGUUCUGCCGCCCCACAUGGUCUUGCUCAGUGAACCUGACGACGUCCAGGUGACUCGCCGACUCGAGGAGGCAAUCGCCAUUGUUCACACUGUCGAUCCGUUUCGCUUCCAUGAAGAAAUAAGGGAGUAUUACUCCUGGCACGACGUUGCCGCUCGAACGGAGCGGGUUUACUUCUCUCUUCUCUUUCCCGAGCAUUCCUAUCCGCCGUGUUGCUCGGCCUCGCCGCCCUGCAGCUGCCACGCGCCUCUCUCGUUGGAGGACGACCUCAGCGAAGACGCCGGGAGUCCAGCCGAGUCGGAGACGGUUGGAGAAGGCUACCUGGAAUGUGUGGAGAGACAGAGGACAGACGGGCGACAACUGGAGCGGCCGACUACCAGAGAUGGGGAGACGCGCAGCCUCCCUUGUUCGUGGAUUCCUGCCUCUCGACCGGGUAACAGCUUUUACGAAGACAGUCUGUGUCAAUGCUGUCGAAAACCGCCGCUGUGUUGCGGGUGUCUCUCCCUGCCUCCUUCGCCCCCGCCGCUUCCCUCGCCGUUCAUCGUCGUGCAGAGGCUGCGGAAAAUCUACGACCUCGGACCGGUCAGCGGAAAAAUCUUCUGCAUCGUGGCGAUCAUCACCUGGGUGUACAUUCGCAUCCUCGAGUUCUUCUCGCCAAGUGCCGAGAUUGAGGAGGCUCCAGCCUUUCCCUGUGACUUGCUCCUCCACUUGAGCGGUGAAGGUGGAGACGAUGACGAUGGACAGGCGAGAGAGAGAACGACAAGAAACGAGGAACUCGAGAGGAAAGAUGCAGCCGAAUGGGCCAGCAGAGGGCCGAGGGCGCAUGCAUGA